UCGCGAGAAACGGCACCAAAUUCAAAAUGGCGCAUAAAAUGUCAACAAACACACAUUGACAGAAGAAAAAUAUGGUGCUUGAAGUCUGAAAGCACUACACAGAUUUCAUUAUGAGCAAUUCAAGGAGGCCAAAGCCACUUGACUUUUCUGGAGACAGUGAUAUAGACUCCACAGUAACACCUAUCAAUCCUCCAGAUGACGGUGGCCAUGGGCAGAUCAUUGAGUCAGACAGUCUCUCUGACUUCUACCUUCAUGAGGUCAAACACAAAAAGCAUAGAAAGAAAAGCCAGAACUAUGAUGCUGAUUUAUCAGACGAAGAACACCAUAGUAAAAGCAACAUGAAGGAGAUUUACAGAGAAUUACAGACUAUCAGUAAAAAGCUCAAGGAUGAGAACAAGAUCCUGUAUGAGAGAGAACAGAAGGUAAAGGAGCGAGAGAGAAUGGUGUCUAUCUCCUCGGCUAGUGUACAGACCAUCACAAACCACGCCGUCCGCCAGAGGAUACAGGCCAUAGAGGAGAAGCACAGAGCAGAGGUCGAUACAUUACAACAAGCCCUGAGAGAGAAAGGAAAGGAAAACAAACGUCUUAAAGACAACUUUGAGACUCUAAAGCAAGCAAAUGACGCACUAAAACAGGAGCUGGAAACCUUACAAGCAGAACAUGACAAGCUGGAGAAGCAGUCUGUGAGUGUCCAGUCCAGACUGACCAAUCUACAGAGAAAGCAAGAAUUCGCAGAACGACAAAAAGACUUAGCACUUGCCGUACCAAAACAGAAACUACCAAAGGAUGCAGAAGAAAAAUCUAAACCAGCAAAGCAGUCUAAGCUAGCUUUACCAGUAUACACAUUCGAUGUGAUGGGAGUGCUGUUGGACUGGAUUUCUGAUGCCCACUUGCGAUACACUGUGACUGACCAGCCAUCUCGGCCCGCUGAGCGAUACUUCUCCCCUGAGUAUGUCCAGGAGAAAGUCCUAAAGAUUUUACCGUCUUCUGUGGAUUUAUUGCGGGAGUUUCCAGGACAUAAUCUCCGUAUUAGUCUACCGUGUAUACAGUUCAUCUACUGGUCACUGGUACACAUAGAACAGGGCUCAGGCUCACAGAAGUCCAGCCUUUCCUCGACAUUACGAAGACUUGGGGAGGAGAUGUACCGUGCCAAGACUGUACGUUUCUCUGACACUGACAAAACGCUGGACAGUACACCAUUACCACUGGUCAAGCUGGACAAGAACAAGGACACCGUUUACUUCCGGAGUACAAACCUCCACGUCCGACUCCUGUCCUCCCUCAUCAUACUAAAGACUCUCAGUCAGGUUGACCUUCUAGCCCAUGUGUUUGAUGUGCUGAGGAACGACCUGAAGUCAGACAUUGCCAAGGAGCUGUAUCUGUACUACCAUGCUACCCCGGUCAUCCUGAUGUACCUUAAACCGGUCAAUAAGGCGUUCAUGGGGGCAGCCAUGGACAUAUUCUUACACAUGUCGUCGGACUCGCCUUUCCAGCAGUCCUUUCUGGAAGGAUGUAGUAACGAAACCUGGUUCAGAACCAUAGCCAUGGUCCUGCGAGCUCCCAGUCAAGAUUAUAAAGUUCUGGAAAAACUUAGCAUCAUCCUACAGAAACUCUCCAAAAUGAAGUCCAACAGGAAGUACUUUGAAGUAUACACCAUAGUGGCCAUCAUACAGGAACUGCUACGUGGCUGUGCCACAGAUCAGGCCUUCCUAGCCCUCAACCUUAAAUCCAUACUCUUCAAUCUCACAGCGGAGUGCUCCAACCAAAUCUGAGUAGGUUAUAGUCUACCUCAAAUCCAAACUCUUCAAUCAUACUGAGGAGUGCUUCAACCAGAUCUGAGUACCUCAAAUCCAUACUCUUCAAUCUUACUGCGGAGUGCUCUAACUAGAUCUGAGUGGAUUAUGAUCUACCUACAAACUGAAAUCCGUCCUAAUGAACCUUGCCACCGAACACAACAACCAGAUCUGAGUAUGUGAGCCUAAGGAGUGCUUUAUUUUACUUAAUUGCUGUGUGCUGCAGCUUUCUUCAACUUUGAAAUCUCUUCCAUUCAACCUACAAGAUAAUAAUUGAAGGCAUGCAGAUCUUUAUAAGAACAGGGCACUGCAUAUUGGUGAAUGUUUGAAUUCUAGAGCUUACCCGGUAUACAUAUUUUUGUAGACUAGAUGAUAUUGGUAGUUUCUUUUUAAGAAAAGUUGAAGUUCUCAGGUAUAUUACGUAUUUAUGUAAUGAUCGGAGGAAGUUGAUUUGAAUCCCAAGGCGUCUGAGCCUCGAGUACUUGUUUGAUAAGCUACAGAAGAGUAGCUACAUAGGAUGUGUGUGGAUUUACACAAGGUAGUGCUCAUUGUGUACGUUAUAGUUUAGUCUGUCAUCUUUUUAUUUCUCAGAUCAGAUUAAAUUUUCACCAAUCAUGAAGAAAGUGUUCAGUCAGACUAAAUUUUCACUUCGCAUGAAGAUAGUGUUUCUCUAUAUUUUAUUAUGUAGAACAAUUUUGAAGUGAAGCCCUCGGCAAAGCCACGUGCUGUACAAAUAUGUACUACGAAAAUCUUGCCCUUAGGUUGAGAUUUCUAUGUCUAUUUUACAAAGAACUGAUGGAUUCUUUUAAUCACUUAUGUAAACGGAUUGGCUUUGAUUAUUUUAGGUGUAUACAAAUUGAAGAAGAAAUUUAGAGAUAUCUAUAAUGACUUCACAUUAGAAUACAUAUACGUAAGAUUGUUACUGCUCUCACACUUACAUGUAGAUUUAGUAGAAGUAUGAGAGCUAUUUUUGUAUAUUUUGUCAUGUUAUGAUGAAACAAAUGUUUAUGACAUCAAUUACUUAUAUCAUUAAUGUUAUUUUUGAUUUUUAUGUAACUAUUUAUAAAUAUUUUUUUGGAAAUGGGCAAGAUUGGAUCAAAGCAAGAAAUAAAAUAA